GGGGUUAAAAGCGGGUCAUCCGAGUCCGACUUUCACAGUCUUUUCACAUCUUUAUUGAAACUCUGCCAGAAGUCUUCCAGAAGCUACUUCGUUGUCCAGAAGAAAAUGUUACGAGGUUCAAACAUCGAACUGAAUGCUUUUGAUUCAAUUGACUUUUUAUCAGACCAGGCAUUUGUUGCAGAAACCUCAGACAAUGAAUUAAUCCAGCUAGUCACACAACCAGGCUUUAUAGAUCUCACACAAGAGCAAGGAGGGGCCGAAAGGCAGGACCAGGGCGCCACCCCCAGUGAGAUCGUAUUAAGAAAUGGUACCCCGCCUAUAACGCCGUCAUCAAGAAACAAUGACGUUGUAAUAUCUAACGCAGACGCAAUAGACCUUACUUCAGAUGAAGAUCUUCAGGGUGAUGACUACGAACCACCCGCAAAGAAAAGAAUCAUUGGUGUCGUCACCCCUAUGAGGAUACAUAUACCCUCGAAAGACAAACGUCGGCGAGUGUACUAAGAUGGUCUGAUUCACAGCUAAAUGCUUGGGACCAGGCGUCAUGGGCAAGCGAAGAUGACGCACCAACGAGAGGCGGCCAAACCCCGUAUCCAUCACAAGAAGAACCAGUAGAACAAGACCAAGAACCUGCACACGAACACACACAUGAACAAGAACAAGACCAAGAAGAUCAAGAAGAAGAAGGAGAAGACGGCAACGUGUCAGUGGCUUCGAGCAAUAGUUCAUCUCGAGGUCACCAGCGCAGUGAGCGCAUUGAAGCAACGCUCAAUCAUACCCUUACCGAAGUGCUGGCAAUACACACGCGUAUGGAUGGAAUUGAAACCCGUUUGGAUGAUAUUAUCCGCCUUUUAAAUGAGCAGAUGACAAUGAAUGAGAGAGGGUUCGGGUGUGUACUAUCUAACGGUAAUGAAAAUCUGAGAGAGAAAAGACUGAUGGUGGAUCUUCUAUGUGCAACUCACAGAGGUGUACAAGAGAUCAGACAUUUUCACAAUUGAAUGUUUGUCUGUUUUAUUACACUAUGAUUUGUAUAUUCUUUCACCUGUUAUGAAUUUUAAAAUUUCCGUCUGAAUGUUUUUAUAUUUUGUAGCAAACCGUUUUGAUACCAUUACUGUUUUUGAACAAAAUAAAUAUUAAAAUGGCCGAUGAGAAAUGUUUUUGUGGAGACAAAAUGCAUUCCUGUCAACCAGACCAUUCUCUCACAGAGCUGUUACAGCGUGAGCUUGACUUGCAUACUGAUAACUCUGACCAAAGGUGUGAUAGAUUACGACAGAUGUUAAAUAUGUAUCCAGAAUCUGUAGAAAUGUCUUUAAAUGAUGUUUCGUUACAACGUUCUUAUAAUUUGGAUGAUUUAGAAAUGUUUGUAGCACAAUCACACACCGUUGACCUGUGUGAUCGAUUACAGAGUUUAUUAAAUGACAACUCCAUACCCAACGUACAAGAUGGUGCUGGUCUAAAUAAUGGCUCAAAAUGUAAUGAUCCUACACUCUCCACAGAUAGCGGCGGCAAUAUCCCUCCAUCAUCUAUCGGUGAUGCUACCCCUACCGGUACCGAAAAUUCUGAUCAGCCAACGUCUGACAACUCAGCUCGCCCAACAGGUAAUCAGGCUGUUGAACUCCCGUCCAGUAGUAUUACCGAUAGACCUCAGACACAACGUCCCGACAUUGACGCACUGAUUAGACACGGUGGUUCCGUAAACGGAUAUCAUGUUUUACCAAGACCACGCUUCAACAGCGUACAAUUGCGUAGGACGAUGAAUCUGAGAGAAAUCAACUCUAAUGAUUUGGCCUCAUAUCAUAAUUUUUUACACAAUACCUUCAGCGAUAUAGUGACGUUUGCGCGAAGAUAUUGGUGGAGACGGGUGUGUUAUCAAUUUAUCCAUGUCCGCUCCUUCUUUGAGAACUCCCAUUAAUACUGUUUUAACAUCAGGGAGUAAUUAUGACGUCGGUAUGUUUCUGGAUCAAUUUGAAAAAGUUUUACAGAGUGACGACCAGAUAUUGACGGAUGACUCGGUCGAGAUUGAUGCGAACAUAGCCAUUAACAGACAAGGCGGUGGUCGGGUACGUCGCAAACUCACCGAUUUGGCUUGUCACGAGGUGAUUAAGCGUAAAAAAAUGUCGUUAUUCUGCCCGUUAAACAUCUCGAAUAAUCUAUGUUUCUCCAUCUGUCUCGCUCAUUUUCUCAACCCCCAGUUACCCGAGAGCGAACUAGAAAGAAUGGCGACCAUUAUCCACAACAAUGCGGGGUUCUCCAUCCACAAUAAAAUUGGACUGGACAACAUAGCGUCGUUCGAAACCCUGUUAGGUAUCAAAAUCGUCGUUUUUUACAGACCGACCGCCGGUACGAUAGAAACAUUCAAAAAUCAGGAUGAACCUCAUCCUAAAACAGUAUGCCUCUAUCUGCAUGACGCUCAUUACUACAUGAUACUGAAUUUGACGGCAUUCAUAGGCGCUGAUUACGUGUGUGAAUUUUGUUAUAAAGGUUACACAAAUCGCAGAGAUCAUCAUUGUAACUACGUAUGUAACGUGUGUCAUGACCCCGAAUGUCACAGAUUCCCUAAAAAACCGGUGCACUGUCCCGAUUGCCUGCGUUUCUGUAACUCCGCUUACUGCUACGAAAUGCAUAAAAAACCUACCCCAGAUGGAGGUAAUCCUCCGUGCGAUGUUAUAAAAUAUUGCAAACUAUGCAACAGGCGAUACACUGUUGCUAGAAAACCGCACGAAUGCGCCCCUCAUCGAUGUGUACAUUGUCACGAAGUUCUUCAACCUCUCGGUGUACAUAACUGUUUCAUACAGCCUCUUACACCCAAGCAACCCUCCACAAAUUACAUUUUCUACGAUUUCGAAACUCGUUAUGAAAAUGGGAAACACGUCGCCAAUUUUGUUUGCGCAAUCACUUUUAACGGAAAGAGAUUUGUAGCCGAAGGCGUCGACUGCAUCGCGAAGCUAAUCACCCGAUUCAGGCAACCCAGAUAUAAAGGGUACUGUUUCAUUGCCCAUUACGCGUCUAGAUUCGACUCCUUUCUAAUUCUGGAGUAUUUUUGCAAAGCGGGUCUUAAGCUCGACGUCAUAAUGCAGGGAUGUAAAUUAAUCUUCAUGUAUGAUGACGCUUUUGACCAGCGGUAUAUUGACAGCUAUGCAUUUAUCCCAAUGGCCCUCUCAAAGAUGCCUUCUGCGUUAAACCUGAGCACCGUAGAAAAAGGCUACUUCCCACAUCUUUUCAACAGAGUCGAAAAUGAGAGUUAUGUCGGCCCCUACCCUGACAAGAAGUACUACAACUACGAUAACAUGUCCGAUAAGGAUCAGGCAAAGUUUGACGCGUGGUACGGCACAACUACUGAUAAAGUGUUUAACUUUAAGAACGAGUUGUACGAUUACGGCGUGAAUGACGUCGUUUUGCUGCGCGAAGGGUGUAUGAAAUACCGCGAGGCAUUCAUAGAGUGCACCAAGCUCGAUCCAUUCGGAUUCACGACGUUAGCAAGCUGUAGUAUGGGAGUCUUCAAAACACACUAUCUCGAAAAAGAUACGCUGGCUCUGACGCAUAACAAUGCAUACGUUCAACAGAGUAAGACGUACUCGAGCGCAUCGAUCGAAUGGUUAGAGUUUGUAAAAAAGACUCGAAACGUCGACAUUCAUCACGCUUUAAACCACGGCGAAGUGUCGGUCGGUCGUUAUUUUUUAGACGGCUACUUUGAGCAAAAUGGGACUAGGCAUGGGUUGGAAUACAACGGAUGUUUUUACCAUGGACAUUCGUGUCGCUUUGAACCUCAUCAGAGACACCCCCUGUCGGGUGUAACCUAUGGGGUUCUCAGG